AUCCAAUCCAACCCAAGACAUUGCGAGGGUGUUGGUAUGCCGGCGUUCGUCUCCUAAGAUAAUUUGCGUACUUCCAUUUUUGCGCUGCGGGUGAAGAACAAUUCAUGACUUGACAGAAUCAAUAAAGCGUUUCCCCAUGAAAAUGACCGAGGAGGAUCCCGUCAUCCAGACAAACGUUGACGCAUCCGCUAGUAAGAGAGAUGCGGUCACUAAGGGCUACUGGAGCGACCCAUACAUUCAACAUUUUAUUAAGUCAUCGGAGAGGAAAGCACCAGAAAUAAGUCGCGGUUAUUUCGCUCGUGUCCAGGGCGUGCGGACUCUGUUGGACAAGUUUCUUAAGGCAGUUGGACCCGAAUGUCAGAUAGUCAACCUGGGAGCUGGCUUCGACACGCUGUUCUGGCGGCUGACAGACGACAAAGCAGAGUUCAAGACGAUGGUUGAAGUGGAUCUCCCGGCAGUGACCACAAGAAAGUGUUAUUAUAUUCGAGUGCGAAAGCCGCUGCUUAGAGUUGUGGCAACUGAAGAUACAAUGAAUGAACUUUUACUCCAACAACAUCAGCGGUCGGGGAUCAGCACUCCUUCCUUUGCUGAUGAUGACGUGAAGCUAAGCAGUUCGGACUUCCACACGCAACGCUACCACCUGGUGGGGUGCGACUUGAGAGAGCUGGAUGUCUUUGAAGCCAAGGUGGUCCACGAGAGCGGACUUGACCUAAAGCUUCCCACGGUAUUCCUUGCAGAGUGUGUCCUCGUUUACAUGAGCAUCGAGGAGUCCAGUGCCCUGCUCUCGUGGAUAACUCGCAACUUUACGCACGCUGUCCUCAUCAACUAUGAUCCCGUAAACAUGGGUGACAAAUUUGCGGAAGUCAUGGUGGAAAACUUGAAGCGUCGCAAUUGCCUUCUGGCUGGUCUUCAAGCCUGCAGCUCUCUAAAAUCUCAGGAAGAGAGGAUUUUGGCAACAGGCUGGAACCGGUGCCAAAUUUGGAACAUGACUCAAGUGUACCAUUCCCUCCCACAGUCCGAAUUGCAAAGGGUGGAACGACUGGAACCUCUAGAUGAGCAAGAACUUCUGGAACAGCUCCUGGCUCACUACUGCCUCUGCAUGGCAUACAAGGGAGGAGGAACACCUUCAAAGUUUGCAAAUAUCUUGAUCGCCUAGUCUCGGUUAACCACUGGUUCAGAGCCCUCCCUGUUUUGUGCGUGAUUGUGCUCACCGCAAUGUACAUUGUUGCCACCAUUGUCGUCUGUAAUGUCCACCACUUUUGUGUGUCAAAUACACAGUCCCAUGCCUA